AAACUCACACUUAGAGGUCCCUCAAGAUCAUUGAAGCUCUAAUACCAUGUUGAGGAUAUUUUGAGAAAAGGAAGGGACUUGGAGGAGAAAGGGAGAAGAACCAGUGGAGUUCCCUCUUAACGUGAGGAGUAGGGUGUCUACAAUCUCCAUAAUCUGAUCUUGCAAGGUCAUUCUAGCAUAGUUAUGAAGGUUAAGACCUCCUUCAAAGAGAUUGUCAGUGGUCUCUUUCCUGUCAUCAUCUCCAACAGUAAUAUCCCGUAACUCUAUAAAUCCCCAUGUAUUUUUUGCAGCCCAUUGGACAUAUAAAGAAUGGGGUCUGAUUUGGAAUGAUGCAGAUAGUGGACAGCACGUAAAAAUGGAGCCACCCGGAGAAAAGGGACAAGAAAACAGGGGAAAGAAAAUAGGAAAAAUUUCUAUAGUUUUGGUAUGGUGUGCAGUUUUACCAUUUUAUCUAAUCUGCAAAAGUUCAUUGUUGGAUUGAGUUGAAAUUUUGUUUGGGUGUUCAUGAGAUAUCAAUAUACAUGUUGAAUGGUUAGUUUUUUGUUUGUAGUUUUGUAACUUCUAAUUUUAUGUUCAAAACAGUAGCUUAUUUUUUGUGUUUUGUAUCUUGUUACUCUCAUUUUCUUUCUCACUUUGUGACCUGUUAUUCCCCUUAUUUGAUUUGGAUCUUGUACCUUUUUAGAAGAGGAAAUUAUGUACUCUCCUUGAUUAUAGUAGAGUUAUUUUUUAGUAAACUGAUCAUCCUGUGGUUUUUAUCAUUUUUUGGCGCCUUUCAUUUAAAAAUCUUGAGUUUCUUGUAAUGAUUGUUUUGCCUUUGCCUUAUUUGAUAUUUUGCAUAUUUUAGUUUCUAUCAUAUUUUAUUUAAACUAGAUUUAGAUGCUCCUAACAAUUUCAGAUAGAUUGGGAAAGAUUUUGGUGUUGUUUUUAUUUUUGCUAUAUUCAGGUGACAUCAUGUUCUUCCCAACAAGAAGAAAAAUCAAGAAAAAUCAUUUGGCAUUUUGGGGUAGCCAAACACCUAAGAGAGCGAGGAAUGAAGGGGAGAUCAGAAGGAGGAAGAAAGAGGAGAGAUUGAAGAUUCUAACUUUUAUAAAUGAAAUCAGAUUGAAGUCUCAUAACUAUAAUGUUCAGUUGUAAGCUAUCUAUAACUAUUAAUUUUAUGGAUGAACAAAAAAAUAUUGAUAUCCUAUUAGUUCUAAAGUAAAAGUGUUUGGAAUAU